CUAGAAGAUCUCCAAGGUCCCUUCCAACUCUGUUACUCUAUAUUCUGGUUGCCAUUUCCCCUCUCCCACUGAGCAUCAUGAUCACCAACAGAGAAAAACAGCCAACUGUUCUUAAGGUGGGGUGGGAGGAGGAUCGGUAUGCCUAGGUGGUUGCUUCGAAUGGGCUGUGUUGUCGCUUGGCUGUGAAACAGCACUACAGGGUGUCCAGAAAUAGCCUGGCUGACACCUGCAGAGGAAAGUGGGCACAAGAAAGUUAAAACAAUUAAAGUUAAAGCACAACCAUGCAGUUGUAAGCCCACUUCUUUUGGCAUGUGUUCCACAAAAAUGGGUUAAAGCAGACUGCAUAGUUGUGGCUGACAUUUUGACUUUUUCAACCCCCACGGAUGCCCCUGAUGAUGCUGGCAGCAAGUGACCAUAGCUAGUAUUGGAAAUAGCCAAAAUGGCAUUCACCCCAUCCCUGUAACAUAAACAGUAUUAAAAAAAAAAAUCAUGCAAAACCCUGUGUUGGCAGAAGCAGGAGAAAAUCUGCAAUGCAUUCAUGAUGGACAUAAUCAGCAAGACAGAAGUUGUGUAUUUGGAAUAGCAGCCAAAGCCAGGGCAACAGUUUGUUAUCUAACAAUUGUCAUUCAUAGUAUGUUAUUGAGGUAUGCAAAAUAAUAACACUUCCCCACCGAAGCCUUCAUUUUUCUAUGCAUCUGUUUGUCACAAAAUAUUCACUAAACACAAGCAUUAUAGGAACAAUGAUUCUUAACUAAUAAUACUAUUUGUCCAGGGGCACUCUACCCUACUAAUACUAUCCUAUAGUAUGUGUGUGUACAUGUGUACACACACACACACACACACACACUUCAGAACUAUAGCAUCUCAAGCCUUUCUGUGUACUGAGAAAAUGCAAGACAUGGAUUUUGGUUUCCUUUGCAUAUUCAUAGGCUCCUCAAACUGGUUGGCUGUUCAUGAUUUCCCUCACUCCCUAUUUGUGACUCUGAUAUUGUGAUCACUGGGUGGUCUUUGUUGACAACUCUGCCCCUUUCUUAUUUAACAGCAGGCUUCAGAUGCUUUCAAAGGAGAAGGAAGCCAAGAUUCCUAGCUAAUUAAAAUAUAAAAAACAAAGUCCCAAGGCACCUCUGCUCUCAAAAUCAAAAGCUGUAUCUCCCUCUACAAUUUUCACUGUUUUACUGGAUAUCAAUUCAUUGUCCUGAAAGAAGAAAGAGUUAUGAAUGUGAAUAGUAUUGCUAAUCAAUAUAAUUAUAUUCCUAGUUCUAUAUGUGUAGAUGGACAAAAAGGAGAGUUUUGUACUGAAGGAAAUUAUUCUUUUCGCCCUCCUUAUUAUGAAUCGAUUAUAUCUCAUCUUCUUAAUCAGUCAGAAGUAAAUAGUGAGCUAGAUAUAAGCUUUCUUCUCCCCUGCUCACAGAAAGCUGAGCACCCAUCUUCUAGGGAAGCUAUUGCCAUGAGUCCAUUGCCUACCUAUGGUUUUGGUAACACAACCCAAUUCCAUAAUGAACAAUUACAAGCUAAGAGAGCUAGAGUGGAAAAUAUUAUCCAGGGAAUGAGUAUCAUGCCAAACCCAAUAGUGUCCGGUACUCUGGAGGAACAGGACCACAAUUUUGAGAAAGGAAAGGAAAGCAGUAGACAGAACAAGAGGAAACAAAAACUUCCUCAACAGCAAAGUUUGCCAGGAAUUUCCCUAACAAGACCUCCUAGAAGCAGCAUCUCAGCAGAAGAAUUCCUUCAGCUGAAAAAACAGCUCUAUACUUUGCAACAUCAGUUGAAGCAACUUGGAGACAGGUUUCUUCAACGUGAUGAGGAAAAUGAUUCUAAUCCAAGCCAAGAAAGUAUAGAGAGAACUAUGGGCUUGUUGAAGAUGUAUAGUGGAAAGAUAGACACCAACAGUCAAGUGUUGUGUUGCGACCAGCAUAAAGAUUGUUUAUGGAAAAGCACACCCAGAGUAAGAGACCUUGUGCUGUCAGAGAAAGAAGAUACAGGCAUUCAAAAUUUGGAAGAAAAAACACUUUCAGAAAUAUUAAAACAAGAAUUAACACAGGUAAUGACACACGCUGUAGAUUCAGUUUUGAAAAAGAUCUUGCCUAAAUCAUCAAGCCUUCCAUCUCAGUUGCCCAAUAAUUCCAUAGGGACAGCUGUUGGAAGAAAUAUACCCAGUAAGUGGCUGCCUAAGAUUUCUUCUCCUAAAGGUCCUAUAUCAUUAAUUGCAGAAAAAUCUCUAGGCUUUCCUAUUGACCCCAUCCAAACAAAAAGAGAGAGAAAACUUUGCCAGGCACCAGAGAAUUUUCCCUUGAUCUUGACCUCUGAAGUUCAAGAAAAUGGCAUUCUUAGUCAAAUGUUAUUCUGUGGUCAAAAAGGCCAUUGGAACAGUCCUCCAAGAAUGGUAUCUCCUGAGUCUUUAGAAGUGCCAUGGCAACCAAUCAAACUCAAACCAUCAGGCAUGAAACAACAAUAUCCACCGCGCUUGGAAAGUUUGGCUUCUCUUCCUUCUACAAAUCCAAUGCUUGCUGAAAUGCAUGCAAUGGUGGAUGGAGUGUACUUCUCAGCAAGAAAUAUAUCCUUUAGAGAAUAAAUCCAGGAAGCUUUGACCCCAGGCCAUCUGAAAAAGGCUAAACUGAUGUUCUUCUUCUCGCGCUAUCCCACAUCUUCCCUGUUGAAAGCUUAUUUUCCAGAUAUACAGUUUACUCGCUGUAUCACCUCCCAGCUCAUCAAGUGGUUUAGCAAUUUCCGUGAAUUUUAUUACAUCCAGAUGGAAAAAUUUGCAAGACAAGCUCUCUUGGAAGGAAUCACUGAACUCGGUGAUCUUAUCGUUACCAGGGACUGUGCUCUCUUCCAGAUCCUCAAUGUCCAUUACAACAAAGGGAAUGAUUUUGAGGUUCCUGAUGGUUUCUUGGAUGUUGCCAGUCUGACCCUUCAGGAAUUCUUUAGUGCUGUCAGAGCAGGGCGGGAUUUGGAUCCUUCCUGGAAAAAACCAAUUUACAAAAUAAUUUCCAAGCUUGAUAGUGAGAUCCCAGAUGUAUUUAAAUCCUCUAAUUGCCCUAAGGAAUUUACCCAAGAUUAAUGUACAGUGAUCAUGGCAUGUGAUUGAAAUGAUUCUACAUUUACUGUUGUGUAAGUUUUGACUGUAUACUAAGGCAACAAUUGAAAUCUGAAUCAACAGAGAAAGUACGAUCAAUAUUCUAAUAUUUUAUAAAUAUAUGAAAGGAACAUUUUGGGACUAUAUACAGAAACGUUUUCGGGUGUAUCCCUUAGUUGUAUGUUUUAUUACUUAUUUAUUAAGCAAACUAUAUAAGCAGACAUAUAGCUGCCUGUCUACCAAAAGGAACACUUUGCAGUAACAGAAUAUAGUACCGUACAUUAAAAAGACGA